AUGGAUGCUGCAGCACCCCAUGUUGGCCACCUCUAUACAUUAGUCCUCGCGGAUGUCCUCAAGCGAUGGGCAAAGCUUCGCGGCGAUGAGAGGGCGACUCUACUUACAGGGACCGACGAACAUGGAAUGAAAGUGCAAAAAGCUGCUCAAAAAGCGAAUACCGAUAUAAAAUUGUUCUGCGAUCACCACGCUGAGCAGUUCAAGGCCUUGUGUGACGCUGCCCAUAUUGACUAUGACCGUUUCAUCCGUACCACCGACGAAGACCAUAAGGAGGUUGUCCGAUAUGUCUGGCAAGAGUUAAAUCACAGCGGAUACAUCUACGAAGCCAAACACGAGGGGUGGUACUCGGUCAGCGACGAGACCUUCUAUCCCUCGACCCAAGUCCACAAAGUUCUCGAUCCGUCGACAGGUCUAACGAAGAUCGUGUCUAUCGAGACUGGGAAAGAUGUGGAAUGGACUUCGGAAACGAAUUAUCAUUUCAGGUUGUCCGCCUUUCAGGCUCCGCUGCUGAAGCACUACGGGGAACAGACGGGUGCCGUUGUGCCAAAGCAACGCAUGGCCUUCAUAAUUGACGAGAUUCGAAGUGGGCUCAAGGAUCUCUCUAUUUCUAGACCUUCAUCACGGUUGACAUGGGGCAUUCGGGUUCCAGGUGAUGACAGCCAGACUAUCUACGUCUGGCUCGAUGCCUUAUUCAAUUAUCUGACGAUGACCGGGUAUCCUUUCGUCAACAGAAAUGAUCCCAACAUGGUCUGGCCUCCGAAUUGCCAAGUCAUCGGUAAAGACAUUAUUCGCUUUCACACCAUUUACUGGCCUGCUUUUCUCAUGGCUCUGAAGCUUCCUGUGACCGAACGAAUUCUGACCCAUGCUCACUGGACGAUGAACAAUGAGAAAAUGUCAAAAUCAGCCGGAAAUGGAGUCAAUCCAUUCUAUGCUAUGGACCGAUUCGGGGUGGAUUGCAUUCGGUUCUAUAUGGCACAUAAUGGGGGCAUUGUUGACGAUGCUACAUACGACAACUCCUUCAUUGAAGAAACGUAUAACCACCUGCUGAGAGGUGGCCUCGGAAAUCUGAUCCAUCGUGUUUUCAAGAGCAAAUAUUUCGAUGUUCGCGAAGCGGUCGAGUUGGCCAAUGAAGACGAUAGUUUUUCGAAAUUCAUUACUCAAGAUCAAUGGAAUGCCGGUAACCCGGAGCUGAAAGCUAUCCGUGAGAGUCUCAGAGCUCAUUAUUCCAAAUUAUGCUCUGUAAGAGAAAUUGCAGACAACCACAUGAAAGAACCAGACCCGCGAAAGGCUGUCCAGUCAAUUUGUGAGCUGAUCGGAGAGACAAACAAGUUCUUUCAUAACACUGGAGUCUGGAAAAUUAUUAAGAGUGGAGAUCCCGAAACAAGCCGUAUGGCAAAAUAUGUCCUCUUCACGAGUGCAGAAUCUGUCCGAAUCAUGGCCAUUCUGCUACAGCCUUUUAUGCCUGAAAGAAUGAAAGCCGCCCUAGAUUUGAUGGAAGUCCACGAAUCAAGAAGGACGUUCGAUGAUGCUCUGUUUGGUGCAGAUUUUGCCUAUGGUCCUCCGGCUCUAGAAGCUAAUGCAAAGGUGUCGGCUGAAGUCGUCUUUCCUUUGCUAUUGUCAUCUCAUUGA